AUGGGAUCAGUGUCACAAUUCUCUACUUCCCCUAAUCUCCUCCCCUUUAGUGAAUUGCUUUGCACAGGUGGGAAGGAGAGGGGCUCAAAGAAACAACACAGAGGUGGGUCAACUAUUAUCAUAGCUUUCCAUGUUCAAAAAUCCUAAUGGGAGAUAUUUAGGCCCAUCCUCACCCUUGCAUUCACCUAAGGUAGAGGUUCUCAAACAGUGGUCCACAAACCACCAGUGGCUUGUGAGCUCUGCUCAGGUGGUCCAUGGAAAAUCUGUGGAGUAGUCAAUAAUACGUUACUUUAGCACUGUGCCUGAUUUUACUUCUUCAAGAUUAAGAUAAGGGAUGCCAGAGAAUUCUGAAAGAAACAGAAACAGGAGCGGAAAGUGCUGUUGUUUGUUUUACUUAAUUACUUGUUUUUAUCCUGCAUUUUGGGAUGCGGGUGGCACUAUGGUCUAAACCACAGAGCCUAGGUCUUGCCAAUCAGAAGAUCGGUGGUUCAAAUCCCUGCGACGGGGUGAGCUCCCAUUGCUCAGUCCCUGCUCCUGCCAACCUAGCAGUUUGAAAGCACAUCAAAGUGCAAGUAGAUAAAUAGGUACCGCUCUGGCGGGAAGGUAAACGGUGUUUCCGUGCGCUGCUCUGGUUCACCAGAAGCGGCUUAGUCAUGCUGCCACAUGACCCGGAAGCUGUCUGCGGACAAAUGCCGGUUCCCUUGGCCAGUAAAGCGAAAUGAGUGCCGCAACCCCAGAGUCGUCCGCGACUGGACCUAAUGGUCAAGGGUCCCUUUACCUUUAUUCUGCAUUUUAUUCUGUAUACUGCCCUGAGAUCUUAUAAUGAAGGGAGUGUUAGAAAAUGCCCUGGGGUAUCGGCAGCCCCCCCCCCAUUCCUCCAGCUGUCCUUCGGUGAGCCUGGUUCUGGAAAAGCUAUUGCCUUCUACUCCAGAUGCUCCAGCGACACACAUCAUAAUGAUUUAUGCACACUAAUCUCCUGACUUUGUAUAGUAAUAAGCAGGAGACACUGUAGAACUAAUCUACUAUUUAUUUACAGACUAUACACAGAGAAAUGCAUAAUGGUUACCGUUCUCUUCAGCUCUGAGAACAAAUAGGGUCCGUAAAAGCAAAAGCACAGUUACAAAAGAACAUAAGCAGCUGGAAGAGAUAAGACUGUUUCUACCUGUUUUCACACACUCUCAAGACAGUCAUGUGAAUUGUACCAACUACAAAAUGCAGCUUUGGUGGACUGAUUUACUAACAGGGAGAUAUACAAAUUUAAUAAAAUAAAAUAGGGCAAAGGGGUCCGUGGGUUAAGAAUUCCACAGGACAUAGAAUUUCCCUUGACUGUGUCUAAAGUAGCUUUUUGGCUUCUGCCAACUUAAAACAUAAUUCUGUUCUGACAGGCAAGUUCUAUGGCAGUUUUUCAGAUCAUGGUGCCUUCCAUUCACAGGAAUGAACAUGUGUUGAGCGCCUUAUCACUCAGGGUGAGUAGGAACUGUGCACUUGUGAUACUUGUGCUGCCAUCAUGGUAUUCAAGAGAGCCUUAUCUAAAUCACAGACUCUCAAUUUAAUCAGUUCAUUUCCUAAAUGAAGUCCUAAACUAAAAGUGCAAAGGUCAGGAAAAGUCACAAUAAUCAUACUGUUUUCUUCUUCCGUGGGCAGAUCCUUACCAUACAUUUAAAGCACAUCCAUCACAGAUGUAAAGCACACGGCUUCUCCCAAAGAAUCCUGGGAAUUGUAUCCACCCCACAAACAGCUACCAACUUAAGUUCCGAGGAUUCUUUGGGGAGAGCCAUGUGCUUUACAUAUGUGAUGGAUGUGCUUUAAAUGUAUGGUGAUAGUGGCCCAUUGCCAGAAUCAAGAAUUCCUGGGGGUACUGUUGGUAUUGCAUGGUACAUUUUAACAGGCAGAUUAGCCAACUAAGGCUAGAAUCCUAAACUCAAUUUCUAUCUAAUCAAUUUCUAUCUGUUCAAUUUUAUAUUUUUCCAUUUUGUAGGUAAAUUAUAUGAUUCUAUUUUGUAUCAUUAAUAUUAAUAAGCCAAGUAAUUCAUUUCAGUUACAUUCAGUAGUCUAUUUCGGGUGGGUGGGUGGGUGGCUGUAGGUAAGCUUUACUCCCCAUUCUACUAGAGAACUACAGAACCCUUACUCCUGCCCUAAAUAUUUAGCUGCUGUAUCACUUCGCCCACCAUUCUUUCUCCUUUUUUGCCAAUUAUUUUCAUUGAUAUUCCAUAAUUUUUAACAAAUUGUCACAAAAUUAAUACAAUUUCAAUAUAAAUUUAAAAGUUGUCUUUCUACCCACCCCAUAUGUCCCCUCUAUUUUCCUUCCUCAUUUGCUGCUCUCAAUAAUGUAACUUUUCCAACUAUCAUUUCAUUCAUCCCUUCUCCCUACACAUCACCUGUUCAGUUACCAAUUUCUGCUAUAGCUUUUAUACAUUGUUAUAACAUGUCCUCAAAAUAGUCAAGUAGAGUAAAUCCUCUUCUAUCUAUCUAUAAUAGCCAUUCAUCAAUUUUCAAACAUUUCCUUCUGAUACAUCUUGAGUAACACUUUGCCUGUGGAAAAAACCAGACCUUGCUUCCUCACUGACGACAUACACAUAUUCCUCCUUAACCUGGCCUUGAACAUUGCUAUCGGACAUCUGGCCCCAGUAAUCAACAACUCAGCCUCACAAGUGCAGUAUGCAGAGAGUGAAAACGAAACCUCUAGAAACUUUUUGGUUUAUAUAAUUGACAUUCUCUCCCUCUAACGCUGCCAGUUUCCCAGCGUCACCAACCCUUCACAUUUCGCCAUAUUUUAUCCUCAAUUUGACACACAACAAGUUCAUUAAUAAAGAAACACCAUCCAUAUCUCUUCUUUCCUGUCUGAAAGUCUCAGAAGUCGUCAACACACUGUGGUCCAUCCUGUCCCGUUCACUGUUCUUAUUUCCAGCUUCAAGCUUCAAAGAGGGAGGCUGGUGUAAUCUCAACAAAAUCCCUAUCUCCUCUCCAUCCUCCUCCUCCACAACUAAAAUUUUCCUGCAGUCCAUCCUUCCAAUCCUCAGAUACAUUAGUCCUUAGUUAUAAAAUAAAUGCAACGCAAGGAGGUAUUUUUAAGUCCACUCUUCCCAAAAACUUUGCAUUCCAUUGCUUUAGGGGAGGGUAGAUAACACAGAUCCCCCCCCCAAAAAACCCAUUACUUACAACAUUGACUUCCUUUCCCCUCCAGCAUAAAUCAGGAUCUUUUUAGCAGGUUUUCUCUUCACUUGCCAAUUAUGUCCUAAUUCAAAGGUAUUCCAGAGUUUACCAUGGUAGCUUGCUGGGGCUGUCCUUGGACGCAGCAAUUAAACCCAGCGCCCUUACCUUUUCAUCUAGGAGAUGGGGAUUUCCAUCCCCGCUCACACACACAAAAAAGCAUUAACGGACAACCGUGGAUUGUGUCCUUUUGAUACCCUCGAAAUGUUAGGGGAGACAUGCCCCUUACCCAGUGCUUUUUUUCUAAAAAAAUAAUAAUAAUGUUUAGCGAUACUCUCAUUUUCCUACACAUAUUGAAAUACUGCCCCUCAAUGAGGUCAAACUUAGAUUCACAAAAUGUUUAGGGAUAUGCGUUCCCCCAGAAAAAACCACUGAAUAUAGCAUUGUUGAUUUAUUUUGUAUGCUAUAAAAGAGCUAUUAGAGGAUGUGUUAGAGAGAGAGAGAGAGAGAGAGAGAGAGAGAGAGAGAGAGAUAACUGGAAUAUAAAACUAAAACUCCAGGACAAUGUUCAAUGUUCAUAUUUAUUUUCACUCAUACAAUUUGAUCUCCUGCUCAAAAUAGAAUAGUAACCAAGGAUAGCUAUUAAGUUAUGUAGUGCUCCUUAAACCACCAUUGACUUUGUGUGUAUGGAUGUGUGGUAUUAUGGAAUUGUAUAUAUAUUUAUAAAUAUUUUAUUUCUUUUGUAAUUUUUUAAAAUAAAAAAAUGGAUCCAAAUAGGUUUGCCUUAGAAAAGUUAAUUAGUAAUUGCUUACAAGAAGGAUGCUGUAAAACAAGUUCAAAAUCCAGGACCUUUGGUCUGCCAUAAGGAGAAAGAACAAGAACAAGAAAUCAAAACUGAAGGAGAAUCUCAGAUGGGCAGGAGAGUCCCAGAGAAGAGGAUUAACUCUUGUACCAAACAGCAUCCCACCAUGUUAACCUCUGGUGCUCUCUUCCUUCUCCUGGCCGUGUUGUCCAAGAGUUGGCUGACGACGGAAGCUGCAGAUCGUAAGAAACAUUUGGGGCUGGUUAUAGAUGAGACCUAGUUGAACAAGAUCCCCCUAGGUGCAAAACGCAAUCCUGGCUGAUCCCCCUCACUUAGCUACAGUUUCCAGAGUUUCCUGGGAAAAGCGAUUAGUUGUUAAACUGCUCUGGGAAUUGUAGCUUUGUAAAUAGAAUAAGAGUCUUCCUUAGCACCAAUAACCAACUACAGUUCUCAGGGUUCUUUGGGGGAGGGCAUGACUGGGAGCCAGUGUGGUGUAGUGGUUAAGAGUGGUGGACUCGUAAUCUGGUGAACCGGGUUCGCUUCCCUGCUCUUCCACAUGCAGCUGCUGGGUGACCUUGGGCUAAUCACACUUCUUUGAAGUCUCUCAGCCCCACUCACCUCACAGAGUGUUUGAUGUGGGGGAGGAAGGGAAAGGAGAAUGUUAGCCGCUUUGAGACUCCUUCAGGUAGUGAUAAAGCGGGAUAUCAACUCCAAACUCUUCUUCUUCUUCUUAAAGUGGUAUAACACUGCUUUAAACAUGUGGUGCACAUGGGGCCUGAACUUAAGGAGUCCAAUAUUAAUCCGCAGUAGGUUGGGUUACGAUUUCAGGGCAGGGCUGGGGAACUGCAACCCUUCAAAGGAUGCUGGACUGCAUCUCCCAAUAUCCUAGGCUAUAGGCCAUUCUGGCUGGACGUGAUGAAAAUCCAGCAACGUAUGAAAGGGCCACAAGUUCUCCGCCCCUGGACUUGGGGAUACAUCCCAUUGAGCACAAUGGGACUUACUUCUGGAGAAAUAUGGGUAGAAUUGUACCGUCAGGCAGGGGUAGGCAUGACAGAUGUAGAUAAGGGUGUACUGGAAGAUCUCUAGAUGGUGUGCAAGAGAUCAACCAGGGCUUCCUCUAGGCAUCUGCUUGGUCACUUGUGGGAAAAAGGAUACUGGACUAGGUAAGUAUUUGGCUUCAUCCAGCUGGAAUCAUCUUAUGUUCUUAUGUUUUUCUGACUAGCAAUAGCAACAGUUAGAAAGCUUCCUAAACUAGGUUGCCGAAAGAGAACAUUCAAAGGAAAAGCAGGAGUUGGCUUUUAUUUGAAAGGAUCUCCCAGCCCUUUCUGGACAUGCCAGCGGGAACUGAACCUGGGACUUUCUACAUGUAAAGCAGAGGCUCUACCAGUGAGCCACGGCUCUUCCCCUUAUAACCCUAGGAAGGGAGGUACUUUAAAGUUUUCCAUCAGCCAUUAGCAUCUCGAGGGCAGAAAGAGCAGCACUCAGGUUACCUGAUCAUAGUCUUCUCUGCAUUAGUCAUAAGUUUGCAUCCAUACAUAUAAAAUAGCACACAGAGAUGUCAUGCAGUUCUGUGUCCUCUUUUAUGAUAAUGUGUUAAUGGUCACCCUAUCAACAACAGUGGUCCCUGCCAGUAAUUCCGGAGGUGGAUGAUGAUGAUUAUUAACCAGAUGCAAAGGAGGUCGCAGGCUUCUGAUCUGCUCUCAGGUGUUUACUGGUAUACUUUUUCUCAUAUGCUAUAGAUACAUCUCUUUACCUUGGCCUGUUCUUAACCCCCCCCCAGCCCCCAUUCUUCUGAUUGUAAUUUGUUUUAACUGGUUUAAAAUCUUUUUGUGUGGUUGUAACUCACCCUCACACCUUAUGGUGUAGGUCAGGUAAAUAGUAAUAGUAGUAGUAGUAAUAAUAAUAAACAAAAACAGAACAACAGAAGUAAUUUUAAGAGGUACAUCUUUGUGUAUCUUUGCAUCAGAGUAGUGCAAAUGCACUGGCAGGAGUGUUGGAUCAGCUCUGCAGGCAAGUUUUCACUGUACCAGCCUCCCUGUUGUCUCAUCCCUCCCAGCAAGCAGCAGAGACCUACCUUUCCAGAGUGAUGUGGUUGCAUAUGGCAGCAGACCACCCUAGGUAGCAGCCAUUGGGUGGUACUCAACCAAGUUUUACUGGGAUUAGUCCAGUUAAAAUGAAUGGAUAUGACUACCUGAAAGUUAGGUAUUUUAAUUUCAGCAGGUCUGCUCUGAAUAAAAGUUAAAUACCAUCCAUAGUUUCUCAGUUUAGAUGAAAUAGGUAUUGUUAAUUAGAGGCUCCCUGGUUUAAUUGUGGCUUGUAUGAAGCAGGGAGCAAAGGUGCUUCGUGCAUCGGGGCAGGUGUGUUUGUUUAUAUCAAAUAAUAAUAAUACGUAAUAAUGAUAAAUAAUAAAGCAGGAUGAAAUGUUGGUGGUCCUAUAUAAAUCCACCACUAAUGCACUGUUCUUGCACCGGUGGCAUGUUGAAUACCCCUGUUUCCGCUUCUUUGGCAAUCACUUGUAGCCACGUAAGAUUGUCUUUCAUGAACACGGUCUUAACAGUGAGUCCAUAAGUGACUGUGGAGGCCAAUUCUGGAUCCACACAUCCUUCCACAGUGGGGACAUAGGUUUCUGGGUGGGAGUUGGAUUUGCCAAGCAUGCCUUCCUCUUGGCACAUUUCUCCCUUGCGUCCUGAGUUCAUGAUUCUUCAAAGUCUAUGACACCUUUGGUGAAGGCUGUUCUCCAUGGGAGCACUCACAGAGUUUCCCAGUUAUCUUUUGUUGUCCACCGGUAUUUUGCUUUCCAUUCUUAAGUUGGGAAUAGAGUAGUUUCUUUGGAAGACGAUAAUCAGGCACCAGAACAACAUGACCAGUCUAACAAAGUUGAUGUUGAAGAAUCAUUGCUUUGACACUGGUGAUCUUUGCUUCAUCCAGUACACUGGCAUUAGUUCGUCUGUCUUCCCAAGUGAUCUGUAAAAAAUUUCAGAUGGAAUAUUUCAAGGAGCUGGAGAUGGCAUUUACAAAAGGUUCAUGUAUCACAAGUGUACAGUAAAGUUGGUAGUACAAUGGCUUGUUACUAGCAUUUUGGUUUCCUUCUGAAUGUCCUAGUCCUCAAACUCUCUGCACUUCAGUCAGGAGAAAGCUGCACUCGCAGAGCUCAGGCGAUGCUGGAUUUUGGCAUCAGUGUUGGCUCUUGUGGUAAGAUAACUGCCUAGGUAGGAAAAGUGGUCAACUUUUUCCAACGUUACACCAUUAAGUUGGAAUUGUGGUGUUGCAGAGGGGUUGUUUUGUGCUUGUUCGUGCAGCACUUUGGAGUUUUUUUUGGAUAUUGAGCAAUAGGCCAAGUGGCAUGUUGAAUACCCCUGCAAAACAACUCAGGUCCGCAGGGUCCCUGAGACAAAGUAGCACAUCAUUAGAAUAUGCUCACAAAUUAUCUCUAUGGGUAUCUUAAAUUAUGGUCAAUAUGACCAAUUGCUAUGCAGCUCAACUCUCUCCCCACUGUUUUCAGCCAAUUGUUCCGGUGUGGCUGACCUUGAUGAUUGUCCAGGCAGUACAAGUGAUUUCUGCCCAGAAGGAGUUGCCUGUGGUUGUAAAGAUCAAAUUCCCUUUUGCAAGUAAGUUACUUUCCUUCCUUUUAGGGUUUGGUUGAGCUUUGUGGGGAAAGACAAUGGUUGGGCACCUGACCUCCCUCUGUCCGCCUCACUGCUGCAUAUUAUAACAGGGGUGGAGGGGAGAGAGAGGCCUGUAGCAAGGAUGAUGUGGAAUACAUGUGCAGCAGCUGUGCUGAAUUAGCUUUGUCCCAUUGCCUCUCCAUCCUGGUAUGCAGCAUCAGUGCAGCCAGAAGGAGGUCAGAUGAGUGGUGCAGCCCCACUGCACCAACUGCCAUGUCUACGCAGGCACCAUGCGCUUAAGCCAUGGGUGGAGAACUUUUUCAACCCAAGCCACAUUCCCCCAUAGGCAACUUUCAGGGGGUCGCAUGCUAGUGGAGAAAGAAGCCAGAUUCCACAGUGAGUGGGGCCAUGGAUAUGACCUACCUUUCUACAGUAGGCGACACCCCAGCUGUGCAAAUGUCAGAGGCUGUGACAUUCCCCACAUUUCCACUACUCUCUAUCCAAGCAUGCAAAAGGCGCUGUCCUAGCUCAAGGACACUUUCCAACCAGGCAUAAGAAGCCAAGAAGUGUGUGGUCUGUGAAAAGAGGGAAGAACCCAAAGGUUCAGAGAAAGAGAGAGAGUCUACUUGAGUUCUAGGGUUGCCAUAUAUUGAAUGGCAAAAAAGAGCACAAAUUUGCUGGUGCCUGGGGUGGGGUUGGGUGGGGAGAGGGGUUGCAGGCAGUGGCAUGCGGCCUUUGGACUAAGGGGACGAGGCUAGGCCGCUAAAUGUUUCCCCGGUGCCUCCUUCCCAAAGCCCAGGAAGCUUCUACCUGGCUUAGGCAGGAAGGUGCAAGGCUCCAAUGUGUCCAAGAUCUGUCCUGCCAUCUUCCCAAAGCCCAUCUGGCUUUUGGAAGGAGGCAGGAGGUCCCCAGCAUCCUGUCAGAGCGCUGGCACCUCCUUCACAAAACCCGGGAAUCUUCUGCCCAGCUUAGGGAGGGAGGCGCGAUGCUCAUGUGCAUGACGUUAGGACAUCACAACGUCACACACAUGAUGUUGCCCCUCCCAUGCCCCUCACAAGGUUGCACCUCUGGCUCUGUUUCCCUAUGAAAAAGUUCACCACACACACACACACUGUGUGGGAGCGGACGCAUUCUACAAUGUCCCUUCAAAAUAUACAAAAGCAAAGACCUGGUCCUUUCCUGCAUCAUGCAAAACUCACACAGUAUGUACCGUAUUUUUCGCACCAUAGGACGCACCGGCCCAUAGGACGCAUCAAGUUUUUUGGGGGGAAAAUAAAGAAAAAAAAUUAUUUCCCCCCCAGGCGCUUGUGGGGCUGGCAGCGGGGAGAAGUGCUCUUCUCCCCGCAGUCCGGCUUCAGAUCAGGUCCGGGGACAGCGGGAAGACGCGCGGCGUCUCCCAGCUGUCCCCGGAGCUUGGGGGCAGGCCGCGGGGAGAAGCGCUCAUCUCCCUGCCGCCCGCCUUGAGAUCAGGUCCGGGAAGCGGGGAGGCGCGCUGCGCCUCCCAGCUGUCCCCGGAGCUUGCGGGGCAGGCAGCGGGGAGAAGCGCUCUUCUCGCCGCCGCCCGCCUUCAGAUCAGGUCCGGGGACAGCAGGAAGACGCGCUGCGUCUCCCAGCUGUCCCCGGAGCUUGCGGGGAAGGCAGCGGGGAGAAGCGCUCUUCUCCCUGCCGCCCGCCUUGAGAUCAAGUCCGGGGACAGCGGGAAGACGCGCUGCAUCUCCCAGCUGUCCCCGGAGCUUGGGGGCAGGCAGCGGGGAGAAGCGCUCUUCUCCCCGCCGCCCGCCUUCAGAUCAGGUCCGGGGACAGCAGGAAGACGCGCUGCGUCUCCCAGCUGUCCCCGGAGCUUGGGGGCAGGCAGCGGGGAGAAGCGCUCUUCUCCCUGCCGCCCGCCUUGAGAUCAGGUCCGGGGACAGCGGGGAGACGCGCUGCGCCUCCCAGCUGUCCCCGGAUCUUGCAGGGCAGGCAGCGGGAGAGCGCUCUUCUCCCCGCCGCCCACCUUCAGAUCAGGUCCGGGGACAGCGGGGAGGCGCGCGGCGCCGCCCAGCUGUCCCCCGUGCUUGCGGGGCAGGCCGCGGGGAGAAGCGCUCUUCUCCCCGCCGCCCGCCUUCAGAUCAGGUCCGGGAACAGCGGGAAGACGCGCUGCGCCUCCCAGCUGUACCCGGAGCUUGCGGGGCAGGCAGCGGGAGAAGCGCUCUUCUCCCCGCCGCCCGCCUUCAGAUCAAGUCCGGGGACUGCGGGAGACGCACUGCGCCUCCCCGCUGUCCCCGGAGCUUGCGGGAAGGCAGCAGGGAGAAGCGGUCUUCUCCCCGCCGCCCGCCUUGAGAUCAGGUCCGGGGACAGCAUGGAGACGCCCUGCGACUCCCAGCUGUCCCCGAGCUUGGGGGCAGGCAGCGGGAGAAGCGCUCUUCUCCCUGCCGCCCGCCUUGAGAUCAGGUCCGGGGACAGCGGGGAGACGCGCUGCGCCUCCCCGCUGUCCCCGGAGCUUGGGGGCAGGCAGCGGGGAGAAGCGCUCUUCUCCCUGCCGCCCGCCUUGAGAUCUGGUCCGGGGACGGGGGCCUGCCCGGCUGCGCCGCCCAGGUGUCCCCGGAGCUUGGGGGCAGGCAGCGGGAGAAGCGCUCUUCUCCUGCCGCCCGCCUUGAGAUCAGGUCCGGGGACAGCGGGGAGACGCACAGCGCCACCCCGCGGUCCCCGGGGCGUGGGGGGCAGGCAGCGGGAGAAGCGCUCUUCUCCCCGCCGCCCGCCUUCAGAUCAGGUCCGGGGACAGCAGGAAGACGCGCUGCGCCGCCCAGCUGUCCCCGGGCUUGCGGGGCCGGCGGCGGGGUCUACCCGCCCUCAGCCUCCAAACCACAUCGGGAGACAGCGGGAUGGCGGCGGUGCGCCACCCUCAGUCCCCCGACCGGGUGGGGCUGGCGCGGGGGCUCUCCGGUAGCCUGGAGAGCGAGAGGGUCGGUGCGCACCGACCCCUCUCGCUCUCCAGGCUUCAGUGAAAGCCUGCAUUCGCACCAUAGGACGCACACACAUUUCCCCUUCAUUUUUGGAGGGGAAAAAUUGCGUCCUAUAGUGCGAAAAAUACGGUAUAUGUUUUGCACUUGCUUGUCUAGUACUACGUGUGUAACAUAAAAAGUAGCCCGCUCCUGCACCCCCAGACAUUUUGGCAAAUUAAAAAAAUCCAACCAGACAGAAAUUUUCCCACUGAAGAAGAGGACAUGUCCUGGAAAAAGAGGAUUUAUGGCCACCCUACAUUUUACCUCUGGCCCUUUGCGUGUGUAAGAUGGCACACUUUCCUAAAGUGCUGUACAAGUUCCACUAGGGACGCGGGUGGUGCUAUGGUCUAAACCACAAACUGGUCAGCCAGGUGGCUCUGUGGUCAGCAGUUCAGAUCUGUGUGGCAGGGUUAGCUCCCGUUGCUCUGUCCCAACUUCUGCCAACCUAGCAGUUUGAAAGCACACCAGUGCAAAUAGAUAAAUAUCUACCACUGCAGCGGGAAGGUAUACAGCGUUUCCUUGGACUCUGGCACUCAUCACGGUCCUUCAUGUGCCAGUAGCGCUUUAGUCAUACUGGCCACAUGGCCCCAGCAAGCAGUCCGUGGACAAACAAGUUCCAUUGUGAGGAAAACAGCAAGGUUAAAAAUUGCAGCCCUGCCCAAUUUGACCACACGUCACUGGAUAGCACCCCAGCACAAAAGCAUUACGAUGGGUUGUAAUCAUACUAUUAGGGGGUUGAUGCAAACUAUUUUGAUGUUGCUUUGCUUGAUUCCAUCCACAGGUGCCCUUCCUACCAAAAUGGCUGGAAAAAUUACUGGUACAUGGGUGUCAAAUGCGAGGAGCUUUGGAGCACUUUGGACUUGAUUUUAGUCGUGGUUUUCCCCGCAGUGGCUCUGUCUUUUGCAGCUGCUGUCACAACACAGUGGGUCCAGUAUUGCAAGGACAAGCCAGAGAAACAAGCCAAGCGAAGCCGGUGAGUCAGUAUAUAUUGCAGUGGAAAUCUUUUAUUUCCCAAAUGAACAUCCUUGUAGGCUGCAAGUCUAUGCACACUUACCUAGUUUGAUCCCAAGUAGAAAUCAAGGAGAAAUUAGGUGCUGUUUGUAUUUUAAUGGAGAACAAUGGACUUCACACUUCUCGAACUGAAAUAUGAAUUUCUCUCGCUUGGACUACUGCAACGCGCUCUGUGUGGGGCUACCUUUGAAGGUGACCCGGAAACUACAACUAAUCCAGAAUGCAGCAGCUAGAUUGGUGACUGGGAGCAGCUGCCGAGACCACAUAACACUAUCUUGAAAGACCUACAUUGGCUCCCAGUAUGUUUCCGAGCACAAUUCAAAGUCUUGGUGCUGACCUUUAAAGCCCUAUGGCAAUCGCAAUAGGUGUUGAAAUUUUGGGAGGUUGGAUAGUUACAAGGGAAUGGUCUCAGGUGUGGGGUGCACAUUUUAUUUAUUCUUAUUACUUUAUUUAUACUUAUUACUUUAAAAAAGGAGGAAGCGCAAGUGGUGGUACCUCACCUGCCCCACUGUUUCCACUGGUGCCAGAAUGCCCUCCUCUCUCACCUGUGCACAGUUGCCCCCUGUACAAAGAAGACAAGUGACAAUGCUUAGAUGAACACCCCACUGAGAAAGGAGUGGGUAUUCUGGCAGUGGUAGAAGUGGGAGCAGGGCACAGCACAUUCCCAUUUUGCCUCAGGUGGUGAAAUGGGACAUGCUGUUCCUGUUCUCACCCCUCCUCGCCAGCAGUGUACUAAAUUUCUAUAUGUAUGUGGAAGGAACGAAGGAAGAAGGAAGGAAGGAAUCGCGGGGUCACAUUCUUUUGACUCUUAUAUAUUUUCAGUACUCAGGCAAGGCAGCUGAGACCUGAACCACAGCAUCAUUCAGAAUAUGCUCCUAAACUGGCCAAUAGGUUGAGAUCCACCUCUUAUUCACAAGGAAGACAGGUAAAAUAUUGUGUUUGUUUGUUUGUUUGUUUGUUUGUUUGCUUGCUUGCUUAUUAUGGACUUGGAAUUUAAUUGUGGUAAAAGGGGUGCUUUUUUUAAUCCAGUGGAUGGCAUUGUUUAUUUUUGAAAUGCCCCUGGGUUUUGCAUUAUUUUUUGUAAAUGAGGGAAAUAGCUGGCAGCCUUUUCUGAAAGGCGUUCUUCCCGUAUCCACUCUGCAAUUUACAUUUACAAUGGAUGUCUGAUAUGUAAGAUGAGAUUAGGGCAUAUGCAUUAGCUGACAUCAAAUGGACUUCGUUUGCUUAGAAGCUGCAAUAUAAUUGUCCUCCUUUAUCCCAACCAGGCCUAGAAGACUCCUGGUGGGGUCAGAGGAGGAAUCUGCAGCAACAAAUAGCUGCUGCAGUGCCAAGAGUCCAGUUCAAGUUUUGUUACUCUUUGCAGUCAAUGGCCAUUACAACAUAAGCAUAAAACACAUAUAUGGGGGGAGGAUUAUUCAUCGCAUAAAACAGAUAAACCCCAAUAAUACAAAUAAAUAGCAUUUAAAGCAUGGAUUUCAUUCAAAACUUCCCUUAACAUUUAGCACUGAUCUGAAAGGUGCCUCUAACGGGAUAAAGCUAUCCCACAGCUAAUUAACUUGUUUACAUCAGGCAGCAGACAUCUUAUCUGGAAAAUGUCUCGUUUGCCUUCUAAGAAGGUCUAAAAGGCUAGAAGAAAUGUCACACCUGGUAGGUAUUGUAAAGGACAAAAGAAUAAAGUGCAGCAAAAAAAAAAUCUUAUUAGAAAAUCUGCCAGCCAAAUAUGCUAUAGGGAUAGUUUGGAAGCUAAGCUGGAAGUGUGCCUGACAAGGAAAUAAAUUCAUUUCUGCAAAUAGGUGGCCAUUUUAUGGUUUGGCAUCAUACAGUUUUUUUAGAACCACAACCACAACAACAACACCUUGUGCUCAAUGCAGCAAUGCAGGAAAUCCUUAGCUAGAGCAUCACUGACCAGUGGUUGUACAGCCCCUGCUUGAAGACCUCCAGUAAGGGACACUGGUAACUGGUCCCACAGUCAAACAGCUCUUACCACUUAUAUUUCUUCUGUGGGAGAGAAAGCCACUGAUUCUUUCAUACAUUCCUAUACAGCAAAGAUGGAGAACCUGUAGCCCAUCAGAUGCUGUGCUACAACUAAUAUUAUCUUUGACCGUUAGUCACCUGGCUGGGGCCAAAAGGAGUUCUGAAAGGAGUUCUGAAAGGAGUUCUGAGCUGCAGGUUCUCCACCCCAAUAUACAGUUAAGGAACAGAAACUUUAAUCAUUUAUGUGUAGAAUGGUGGCAGUAUUUUCUAAGUUUUUGCAAUAAGAAAUAUAGGAAGGACAAGGUACAACAACCAGGUUUGUUUGUUUUUAACUCUAUCAUGAUAUGUUCACUCUGAUUUUCUCUUCCUGGAUACCAACCUUCAUCAACCUGGUGCCCUCCAGAUAUUUUUUAAGCUAUACUAUAACUCCCAUCUGCCUCAGUCAGCAUGGGUCCCAUAUCUUGACGGCAUAUGGUUGAUGAAGGCUGGUGAGUAACAGUAGAUAUAUUAUCUCAUUAUUUGUCUUCAUUAUUUUGGGGAUUGCAUAUUUGUUUUGGGGGAUUGCAUAUUUGUGUAUUGCUUUGUAACAAUUUGUUGGGUCUCUGGACCACAAUAAAGAUUGUUGUUGUUGUUUUUAAGGGUUGCAUCUUUAUCAUCUGUUUUUCAUAAUAAACAUUUUAAAAUAACAAAACAGAAGUCACUUUGUCGCUUAAUUCCCUCUUCUUUAUUUUUUCUCUUUCUUGGUAUAGGAUGAUAUUAAAUUCCCCAGGUACCCUCUCCAAAGUUACCCUCAUGAACAAAUACAGUCACCAUAUACUGGAGGCUACAGGUAUGAUGUCCUUUGGUCAAACUUUUUCACAAUGAUGAUAUAUUUUUCCUGCUAGAAGAUAAAUUGUGCACACUGCUUGGCAAUGAUGGAAACCAUUAUAUAUUUUCAAAUGUAAAAUGAUCUUGAACUGUUCUGAAAUUUGCCCUCCAUUUACUUGAAAGCUUUCAUCUCCUGAGGAAGAAGAUUCCAUUGUUCUGCAUCAUUUUCAAGGCAUUUUAAAAAAUUUAUGGACCUGGAGUUUAGAACAUGCCUUAUAGUUGUCACGUAGUCAUGUGUUUUCUGUUUGCUCUUCUUACCAAUAAACAUGUAUCCAGUUGCCUGCAACCUCCCCACCUGUUCAGGCCAUAUAACCUCCUCCCAGGCCACACCUCUCACUGGCCUUGUUUUGUACCUUCCUUAAGUGUUAUUGCCUGGACAGAGGAUAUAGGUGUGUGUGUGUAUAUAGUGUUAAGUUGUGGGCGAACAUGCACAAAGGCAAAAUUUACAUGCAUCAAUUUUUGCCACCGCCACCAUGAGGCUCAUGGAAGUUUGCCCAGAAGGCAUUGUGGGCCUCGAGAUUAAAAGGUUUCCCACUCCUGCUAUAGGAGCUGCUUGCCUAUCUCAUCUCUACGUACAGAAAACCCGCAAAAGACAGAGUCCUCGGCUGCAUGUUCAUUCUAUGUUCAGACCUUUGUAUGAAUGAGUGCAGGUCAGAAGCUGUGGUGGUGCCUGUGAUCUGCAGGAGCUCAUAUGACACAAUUAGGAAAAGGGAUGAGGAAGGAAACAAGCAAACCGAGACAGAAGUUCGUUACCAGUUUUCUAUAAUGACCAGUUUGUAAUGAAGGUUUCGCUUAAGGGAGAAGAAAAAGAGUUUGGAUUUGAUAUCCUGCUUUAUUACUACCCGAAGGAGUCUCAAAGCAGCUAUCAUUCUCCUUUCCCUUCCUCCCCCACAUCAAACACUCUGUGAGGUGGGUGGGGCUGAGAGACUUCAAAGAAGUGUGAUUAACCCAAGGUCACCCAGCAGCAGCUGCAUGUGGAGGAGCGGAGACAUGAACCCGGUUCACAGCUUAUGAGUCUACUGCUUUUAACCACUACACCCCACUUCCUCUGAGGAGAGGAAAAGCUAGAUGGAGCUGGUCUCUCAGCUGAGCCAACGGACUGGGCCCUGCUUCCCAUCUUUCUUUUUGCUGCAGCCAGGUGGGAUGCUUUGGGCUAAACUGAUGCCAAAACUGAGGUCCCAAAACUGAGGCCAUUCAUUUUGAUUCAGUGCAUACAAUAAGUGGUUAUCAUGUUGUUAUUUUGCCUAGAUCUGUAUUCCAGAGAAGUAGCCAUGUUAUUCUGUUGCAGCAAACGUAACAGAGGUGAAAUCUACAAACAUAUUUAAAAAAACACUGUGAAAAUGCUUUUUAAAAAAAUGUUUUGAAAAAUACAUUGAAUUUGGCAUAGCUCACUGUCUCCAUAUAGUGUCACAUUUGUAUAUUGCACUUUACAACACAUUUAAAAUGUUUUAUUUGCAGCUGUAUAGCUGAGUCCAGAGUCUUGCAGCACCUUAAUGGUUUACUUUGCCAUAUUUAUCUUGAAACAUAACUGUUUGUUACAUUUAUCUGCCCAUAAGAAAUUUAUAUUGGCAUUUUUUUAAAAAAAAGUGUUUAAUUUGAUUAUUAUAGUCAGAUGCCUCACCAGCCAUUGAGAAGAGCUGUUCCAAGCCAAGAUGAUGUUUUUGUGGGUCGGUCUUUCCAAGCUGGCCAGCUUCACUCUUGGGAGAGUGAGGUGCCUGAUGUGGAUUAUGAGGACAUAAACCCAUUUUCUGCUAUGCCCAUGCAACAAUUUCCUGUAUGUACAAAUAAUCUCAGUUAUACAAGGAGUGGGGUUUUUUGUUUUGUUUUUACUGGGGCAGGAUUCAGAGAGCUCUCUGCAUGAGUGGAAGGCACCUCUUUCCAGUGGGAACCCGCUACACUAGCCUUCCCUGACAUGGUGCUGUCAGAUGUUUUAGACUGCAACUACCACCAGCCCCAGUCAGCAUGGCCAAUGGUUUGAAAGGAUGACAGCUGCAGUCCAAAGCAUCUGAAAAGCACCUGGUUGGGCAAGGAUGCCCUGCACCAGAUGCCACAUCAUUCUCAGUCCUCAGGGGUUACUUUUCAGGGCUGCAGUAGGAAAAAGGAACAAUCCCCAUCUGUAAACAGAACUCUGUUCACAAUUCCCUUGAUCCCACUGAUAAAAUUUGCACUAGGAAACUGGAAAUGGAGCACAUGUGAAGCCUUUGUGUAUCAGGUUUACUACAUAGGUGUUCAGCAAGCCUUAGGGCUUAUUCAGACUUCCUUCUUUGCCAUGCUUUCGAGCACAGACCCACAGUUUCCAGGUCUAUGUCCGAGCUGUGGGGGUUUUUUGUCCCACCACUUACCCCAGAAAAGCCUGCUAUUCACUGCUAAAUCAGAACAAACAGCAAUUGAGGUUUCUGUGGAUUGCUGUUUGUUCUGAUUCAGCAGUAAAGGGGGUUUUUUUCAUGAGGAAGCAGUGGGACAAAACAAAAGACCAGAAAACAAAACAUAAAAGAAAAAACAACUCACUGCUUAGACCUGGAUUUGGAAAGAGCCCUUCGACGUAACUAUGAGAGCCUGUCUGUUACAUCACCCAUUUCCUCUUCCUGAUUCUUAGGCUGUGUGCACAACCAUACAUUUAAAGUGCAUCCCUACCUAACCCCACGAAGAAACCUGAGAGCUGUCAUUUAUUACCCAGAAUUCCUACAGUUCCCAGAAUUCCUGAGGGUGUGUGUGCGCCUUAAAUGUAUGGUGUGGAUGCAGCCCCAGGGCUUAAUCUACUUCCCCACCUACCCACUCCCUUUCUUCUGUCUUAUGCUGACCAACCCCACUGCAACUCUUUGCUUCUCUAUGGCUCUUUAAGAAAGUAUAUCCACAGGAGUAGAAGCUGGUGGGAAAAGGGGAAAAAAUAAUGGAACUCAUGAACAUGCCCAGAAGCAAUUGUGGCCCUGUAGCAGGAGGAGUCACCUGGUGUUUCUCUCCCCCUGCUGCAAAUUACAGUUGGUGGUAGGUGGCCCUGUGGGGAGUAGGGGAGAGAAAACAGUCUUGCUGGAACUGUAGCAAGGGCCUGGUGUUAUCCUUGCCUGCUUCCCUCACGGUCCUGGAAUCCCACAUGGCAGUUAGUGGGAAGGAGGCUCUAGGAGAGGGGGCAGGGAGUCCUUCCAAUGCAUCAACCAAUUUUCAUAUUUUAAUUUUCCCUUACAGAGACCCGGGGCAUCAGUGGUACCUCGGCCUGAGCACCAGAAGUAUGGCCAUCAACCAGUGAAUUACCUGAAUGGUCAAAGAGCUGGAAGGCCCUAUGGGAUUGGGUACCAGCAGGAUAGAUACACCUAGGAACUUUUAAUAAAUAUGGAAAACACGUGCAACUGCGGAAUCGUCCUCCAUUGCUUGGUGCAGCCUUUUCUGGGUGCUCUCUUACCUCUACUUUUCUCCAUGAGGGCUUUAUCGCAAGCCACACCCAAUGAAUACAUACCUAUCAAGACGCAGCAAAUAUUUAAUCAGCACAGCCAUUAAAAUGAGAAAUCUGUUCAGGCAGCAUCUUUCUUAUUUAAUAAAUGAACCUACCAAUCCACCUCUUCCUGUCCAAAGCGUCUUAUGUCCUGCUCUAUAACAUGUUGUUCUUCUAGCAAUAAUUGGUGUUCAGUGGAUCCAUUUUUUCUCGGUAGUGGCGCCCGCCCUGUGGAACGCCCUCCCAUCAGAUGUCAAGGAAAUAAAAAACUGACUUUUAGAAGACAUCUGAAGGCAGCCCAGGAUAGGGAAGCAGUAUAAGGAAGCUUUUAAUGUUUGAUGUCUUGCUGUGUUUUAAUUUGUUGGAAGCCGCCCAGAGUGGCUGUGGUAACCCUAUCAGAUGGGAGGCAUAUGUAUAAAUAACACAUUAUUAUUAUUAUUAUUAUUAUUAUUAUUAUUAUUAAUUGUUUUCCCUUUGGUAUUAUUGAACCUUGGAUGGAGACAGGCUCAGUCACGGGGAGGGCUCCUCAGUCAUUUUAGAACGUUCUGCAAAUUUCCCCCACAACGUGUACUUGUGUCUGUAAAACAGGGGUUGCCAAACUUUAAAAGCCUUUGGUCACAUAUGGAUUUCUGAACAAAUGAUGUGGGUCCUACUCUCUCUGGGCACUUUUAUUCUCUUAGAUCAACCCCAAUCCUGUAAGGAAAGUACACUUAAAAUUAGUUUAUGCACAUGCAUAAGUAGAUAGAUGAUACAGAUAUACAUAGAAGUAUAGAUAUGCUGUAUGUAUGGGGGGACAGUGGGCACAGGAGACAGGUUUACACUGGGGUGGAAUAUUUUUUAGCAGAGCUGUGAAGUCCAGCCACUUUUAUUUAUUUAUUAUUAUGGGGGGCUGGGACACACACAAUUCUGUUCAGACACCCUGGGAAGUUGGAGGGGAGCCUUGAAGUAGCCACAAUUGUGGAUGGUGCUCAGCAUCUCUGUCUGUCAAAACCACGCAGGCUGAAGGCUGCUGCAAAGAGCUCUGAAAGGGCCUUUCCAGCUCCCAGUCACGCAAAUGCUUGUUUUCUGCAAGAGUGAGAUAUGGUGGGGCCAGGCGGCCAUUUUCUGUUGUGCCUCAGGCAGCAAAAUGCAUUGGGCCUGCCCUGGUCCUGAAUCUGCCCUUUCCUGGCUGGCAGAGAAUGCACUGGACAAAAUAUCAAUAAAGGAAAAUGGAAAGUGCAAUCGAAGAAAUAGGCAGUAGAUGCAUGAUGGAGUGAUUACAGAUGUAAGAAGAAUUUAAUGUGAUUUGAUAUAAGAUUUCCUAUUGUUAUUUUUGAAUGAAUUUUUGUUUGUUUUUUAAUUUCAAUAUAACAUUAUUUAUAUAUAAAAAUCUCACUCAGUUCAAUGGGAUACACUCCCAAGAAAGGUGCACUGGAUUGCAUCUUUAAUUCCAGAGGUACUAUUGUUGUUGACGACUGUCAUUUAUCUUGUGAGUUCAAAAGGCCUUGUAAAAAUCUAAAAUUAUCCAAGUGCCAACCUUUGCUUACAUUUCAUAGAAAAUAUUUUGUUCACUAGAUAAACUGGUUGAGAAAGAAUGGUGGGGCACAUAUUGCUUUGCAGCAAAAUUGGCAAGUCACCCUCUCAGGCACUCCAACACCUGAGAGGGGUCCCAGAUGGAAAUUAUUGGGGGGUAAGGCCAGUGGGUUUAUUUGGUGGUGGUGCAGGGGGACGCAUACUGUUAUGUACUGAGUUGAAUAGGAUCCAAAAUGCAGCAGUCUGAUUGGUCCUAGAACAAUAGGAUUCAGAACGCAGCAGUCUGAUUGGUCCUAGAACAAUGCAGCAGUAUGAUUGGUUGGCAGGAACCACCCAAUCAUGCUCCAGAUAGAAGUGAAUCCACAACCUGAUUGGCUUACAGUAGAAUUCCGGAAUUAGCCAAUCAUGUGCAGCCCAUUGUGUAAAUGUAUAUAAAGCAGAUACUUUGAGGGGACUUUCAUUCAUUCCGCCUCACCACUAUGAGCUGAAUAAAGAGCAUGAAAUCACUUUGCGACUCUGAGUAUAUUUCACUGGUGACGAGGAUGGGAUCCCGCUGAGCUGACUGCCACACACAGCACCGCAGCACCACCACCUGCCGCACCGCUGCCUUGCACCGUGUAUCCAGGCUUCAGCUCCGGGACACAAGGAACUCAGAAUCGCAACCGACAGCAGCUUCUCGCCGUUCAACCCAGCAUCUGGAGACUGGGAAGCGUACGCCUCCCGUUUCACCUUCCUCCUAGAAGCCAAAGGGGUCGCCGACGAAGAAGACGCCAAGAAGAGGGCGAUAUACUUCAGUGUCUGCGGAGAGGAGACGUUUGAAAUCGCCUGGGCUCUCCUUGCGCCUGAAGACGUCACUACUGUUCCAUACAAAACAAUAAUCGAACAGCUGAAGGUGCACUUUUCGCCGCAGCCCUCAGUGGUGGCUCGUCGAAAUGCCUUCUACGCAAAGCGGCAAGCCCCUGGGGAAACCAUAACUGGGUUUGUGACCUCUCUCCGCCAAGCCGCCCGGUUCUGCAACUUCUCAGAGCUGGAGAACAUGCUUCGUGACCGCCUCGUCGGUGGCCUGAAGGAUGAGAAGCUGCAACGACGCCUCUACGCUAAGAAGGACCUAACGUUCCAGGUCGCUCUGGAGGAGGCCCUGGCAACGGAAGCUGCCGAGAGGUCGACGCAAGAGGCACAGCCGAGCCUGCCAUCCCAACCGAGGGUCCACCACGAAGACCUCACCGAUGACUCAGGAUCUGACAGGGAGGAGGUGCACCGAGUACAGCAGCGCACUCAAGCAGCGCACAGACCACAGCUGCCUCGACGAGAAGGAGGGAACUGCGCAAGCUGUGGGGAGAGUCACGAGAGGAGGACCUGCCGUUUCCGCAUCGCAGAGUGCAGGAGUGCAGAAAAUUGGGACACAUCGCCCGGGUGUGUCAGGCUUGGCCCACCCGAUGCCAGGCAUCAGAUGACCAAUCCAAGAGCCCCAGGUCCCGGGGCCCAAUGCACCAAGGCAACUCGACGGAGCUCACGGACUUCCAGGUAUACCAGUUGCCCCACCCCAACGUAGAGAAAAUUUAUGUAGAGGUACAGAUAGAGGGGGCCCCAUGCCGCAUGGAGCCUGACACGGGUUCAACUCUAUCCAUAAUCUCGGCAAGGACCUUAAGGAAACUGUGUCCUACUGGGGGUCCCAAACUCAGGCCGGCCCCAUUCACCCUCCGGGACUUCCAGAAAUGUAAGGUCCCCACAAUGGGGGUGGGGACCUUCAGGGUGCAAUACCGAGGGCGGACGCGGCAACUGGACUUGCUUGUGGUCAAGGGCCCCUACAUUAGCUUACUGGGAUUGGCAUGGUUUGGACCGCUGGGGCUAGCCGUCACCGGGGUGAACCACACUAGCUUACAAGUGGAUGUGGACGCCAUAUGCAAGGAAUUUCCGGGGGUUUUCGAUGGGAAAUUGGGAGAGUAUACGGGGGGCCCCCAUUGCUCUACAGCUUGACCCCGCAGUACGACCGGUCAGGCUCAAGGCCCGCCGGGUCCCGUUCGCCCUGAAACCCCGUAUAGACGAGGAAUUGGACCGGCUCGUGGAGCAAGGAGUGCUGGAGCCGGUGCCUAAUGCCCCCUGGGAAACCCCAAUCGUCACACCCGUCAAGCCUAAUGGUUCGGGCCGCAUCUGCGCAGACUACAAAUGUACCAUAAACAAGGCCCUAACGGCCCAUGCAUACCCAGUGCCAGUGGUCAGCCAUGUCUUUGCCACCCUGGCUGGGUCGAAAAUUUUUGGCAAGCUGGACUUGGCCCAAGCAUAUCAACAGCUGCCAGUAGAUUAGGCCACAGCAGAGGCACAGACGAUUGUGACGCACAGAGGAGCGUUCAGGGUAAAGCGGCUGCAAUUCGGUGUCAGUGUGGCACCAGGCAUAUUCCAGAACCUAAUGGACUCUCUCCUUAAAGGGAUUCCUGGCGUCACCCCCUUCUUCGAUGAUGUGUUGAUUGCCGGGCCCACACCAGAGGAGUUUGAGGACCGCCUCCGCACCGUUCUGCACCGUUUCCAGACGGUGGGUCUCAAGGUGAAGUGGGAAAAAUGUCUACUAGGAGUGUCUCAGGUGGACUUUCUGGGAUUUAUGGUGGACGCAGAAGGGGUCCACCCGACUGGGGACAAGGUACGGACCAUUUGUGAUGCCCCAGCGCCCAAGAGCAAGACUUAACUCCAGGCCUUCUUGGGACUAUUGAACGUUUACCAUUCCUUCCUUCCCCACAAGGCGGCGGUAGCGGAGCCCCUACACAGACUCCUGGACAAGCGGGCCCCUUGGGUGUGGGGCCAGCGCCAGGAGGCCGCAUUCCAGGCAGUCAAGGACUUGCUUGUCUCAAACUCGGUCUUGGCACACUUCGACGAGAGGCUGCCGGUGGUGCUAGCAUGCGACGCCUCGCCCUAUGGCAUUGGCGCUGUCCUGGGACACCAACUCCCGGAUGGAAGAGAGGUACCGGUGGCAUACUUUUCCCAGACACUCAACGCAACCGAGCGAAACUACUCGCAAAUCAACAAGGAGGGUCUGGCAAUCGUGAAGGGAGUAAAAAAAUUCCAUGAUUUCUUGUACGGGCGGCCCUUCACCGUGGUGACUGACCACAAGCCGUUGCUUGGCUUGUUUGCCCCCGAAAAGCAGACCCCCCAAGUGCUAUCUCCUCGCGUCCUCAGGUGGUCAAUUUUCCUUGCCAGCUACCAGUACGCACUGAUUCACCGCCCUGGGAAGGCGAUGGGCCAUGCGGAGGCCCUCAGCAGGCUACCACUACCGGAAACAGGCCCCGACCCAGCACCUGCACAAGAGGUUAUGAGCCUGGAGCUGCUUCCCGACCUCCCCAUUCAGGCACAAGAAGUUGACGCCAUUCCAAGAAAGAUAGGGUCAUCUCCCGGGUCCUGGACUGGGUGUGGAGGGGAUGGCCCAGCAGCAGCCCCGGGCCAGAAUUCGCCGGCUACACAACCCGCAAGCAUGAACUGUCGGCCCACAAGGGGUGCCUGUUAUGGGGAAACAGGGUCGUUGUUCCCCAGUCCCUCCGCAAAAGGGUCCUCACAGCCCUACACGAGACACACCCAGGGGUAGUAAGAAUGAAGGCCCUUGCCCUUGUGUGGUGGCUGGGGAUCGACGGAGAGAUAGAGGCCUGGGUCAAACACUGCCAGGCCUGCCAAGAAUCCCACCCAGAUCCCCCAAGGGCCCCAGUCCAGUCCUGGGAGUCCGCCCGAGCACCAUGGUCACGCCUGCAUGUGGACUUCGCUGGCCCCUUUCAGGGGAAAACAUUCUUCAUAGUGGUGGACUCCUACACCAAAUGGCUGGAAGUCGCACUGGUACCGUCCACUUCUACGUCUGCAGCCAUCCGGGUACUACGCAGGCUGUUUGCAACCCACGGGCUCCCUGACACUCUCGUCUCAGAUAAUGGGACCGCAUUUACUUCAGGAGAAUUCCAAACCUUCACAGCGCAGAACGCCAUCCGCCACAUCCGUUCGGCGCCAUUCCACCCUGCCACCAAUGGCCAAGCAGAACGCAUGGUGCGGACCACCAAGGACACCCGUCGCUGCAUGACGCAAGGGGAUUGGGAGUACCGCCUUGCCACAUUCCUUCUAGCACAGCACAGCACCCCCAGCUCAACGACUGGCUGGAGCUCCGCUGAACUACUAAUGGGUUGGCGCCUUGCAAUCAGAUUGGACCGCCUUCACCCCGAUAGAGCUCAGGAUGAGGUAGUGGUGGGGGAAGGCAGGAACCCCCGGACCUUCGAGGCCCAGGACCCAGUGUACGCAAAGAAUUUUGGGGCAGGCCCAGCAUGGGUACCCGCCACAGUCACCAGGGUCACUGGCCCCGUGUCAUACGAGGUGCUAACGGAUUGGGGGCAAUGCUGGCGCUGCCACUGCGACCAGAUACGGCGACAAUUCCCAGGAGACAACCAGGAGGAGGACAGGUUAGAGGAGUCCCAAGGGAACAGUGGGGCAGUGAGGCCCAUAGAGCAGGAGGGGCCAGCAGGAGAGGCAGAAUCAGUAAAUACAGAGAGGAUCCGCGAGGCCAAAAGGGCACCGGAACCAGAACCACGACUGAGCGAACCGGUUGCGCCAGACCAAACAGCCCCAUCACAGCCAGCAUCCUUGGAACACGAGCCAGAACCUGAACCCCAGACUAGGGAACACCCCAGGCCACAACGCAUACGUAGGCCCCCGGCGUACCUUGAGGACUAUGAAUGCGACCUCCCGGGCAGGACUGGAACUUAGAGGGUAGGGGUGUUAUGUACUGAGUUGAAUAGGAUCCAAAAUGCAGCAGUCUGAUUGGUCAUAGAACAAUAGGAUUCAGAAUGCAGCAGUCUGAUUGGUCAUAGAACAAUGCAGCAGUAUGAUUGGUUGGCAGGAACCACCCAAUCAUGCUCCAGAUAGAAGUGAAUCCACAACCUGAUUGGCUUACAGUAGAAUUCCGGAAUUAGCCAAUCAUGUGCAGCCCAUUGUGUAAAUAAUGUAUAUAAAGCAGAUACUUUGAGGGGACUUUCAUUCAUUCCUCCUCACCACUAUGAGCUGAAUAAAGAGCAUGAAAUCACUUUGUGACUCUGAGUAUAUUUCACAUACCCCUAAACAUUUGUGAAUCUAAGUUUGGCCUCGUUGAGGGGCAGUAUUUCAAUAUGAGUUGGAAAAUGGGAGUAUCCCUAAACAUUUUUUUUAAAGAAAGAAAGCACUGGGUAAGGGGCAUGUCUCCCCUAACAUUUUGAGGGUAUCAAAAGGUCACAAUCCACAGUCGUCCAUUAAUGCUUUUUUGUGUGUGAACAGGGAUGGAAAUCCCUGUCUCCUAGAUGAAAAGGUAAGGGCGCUGGGCUUAAUUGCUGCGUCCAAGGACAGCCCCAGCAAGCUACCAUGGUAAACUCUGGAAUACCUUUGAAUUAGGACAUAAUUGGCAAGUGAAGAGGCAACCCGCUAAAAAGAUCCUGAUUUAUGCUGGAGGAAAAAAUCAUCGGUUUGGAAAGGCUUGAAAAGAAUGAAAGAUGCUAAUUUCUGCUUUGCUUGAAUGGUGUAAGGAGGGGAAAGGAAGUCAAUGUUGUAAGUAAUGGGGGUUUUUUGGGGGGGGUAUGUGUUAUCUACCCUCCCCUAAAGCAAUGGAAUGCAAAGUUUUUGGGAAGAGUGGACUUUAAAGAUACCUCCUUGCGUUGCAUUUAUUUUAUAACUAAGGACUAAUGGAUCUGAGGAUUGGCAGGAUGGACUGCAGGAAAAUUAAUUAGUUGGGGAGGAGGAGGAUGGAGAGGAGAUAGGGAUUUUGUUGAGAUUACACCAGCCUCCCUCUCUGAAGCUUGAAGUUGGAAAUAAGAACAGUGAACGGGACAGGAUGGACCACAGUGUGUUGUCGGCUUUUGAGAAUUUCAGACAAAAAAGAAGAGAUAUGGAUUGUCUUUCUUUAUUAAUGAACUUGUUGUGUGUCAAAUUGAGGAUAAAAUAUGGCGAAAUGUGAAGGGUUGGUGACGCUGGGAAACUGGCAGCGUUAGAGGGGGAGAAUGUCAAUUAUAUAAACCAAAAAGUUUCUAGAGGUUUCGUUUUCACUCUCUGCAUACUGCACUUGUGAGGCUGAGUUGUUGAUUACUGGGGCCAGAUGUCCGAUAGCAAUGUUCAAGGCCAUGUUAAGGAGGAAUAUGUGUAUGUCGUCAGUGAGGAAGCAAGGUCUGUUUUUUCCCCCAGGCAAAGUGUUACUCAAGAUGUAUCAGAAGGAAAUGUUUGAAAAUGGAUGAAUGGCUAUUAUAGAUAGAUAGAAGAGGAUUUACUCUACUUGACUAUUUUGAGGACAUGUUAUAACAAUGUAUAAAAGCUAUAGCAGAAAUUGGUAACUGAACAGGUGAUGUGUAGGGAGAAGGGAUGAAUGAAAUGAUAGUUGGAAAAGUUAUAUUAUUGAGAGCAGCAAAUGAGGAAGGAAAAUAGAGGGGACAUAUGGGGUGGGUAGAAAGACAACUUUUAAAUUUAUAUUGAAUUUGUAUUAAUUUUGUGACAAUUUGUUAAAAAUUAUGGAAUAUCAAUAAAAAUAAUUGGCAAAAGAGAAAGAAUGGUGGGCGAAGUGAUACAGAAGCUAAAUAUUUAGGGCAGGAUGAUUCUGUAGUUCUCUAGUAGAAUGGGGAGUAAAGCUUACCUACAGCCACCCACCCACCCACCCGAAAUAGACUACUGAAUGUAACUGAAACGAAUUACUUGGCUUAUUAAUAUCCCAAGAUUAAUGGAAAUGAUACAAAAUAGAAUCAUAUAAUUUACAUGCAAAAUGGAAAAAUAUAAAAUUGAAUGGAUAGAAAUUGAUACAAAAUGGGGUAAAGGAUAAUAUUAUUAAUUAGGUAGUAGCUGGAUAUGACUGGCAAAUGAAUUUAAAAGUAGCAUUGACAAAGCCACUAAAGUAAACGAAAUAACUCCUAUCUCCCUCCAGCCCAUCUGGUUGUGAAAUAAUUCUAAGCAUACUACAGCAAUAUUAGCCUGCCCUGGCCUCAGGAACUUUUGUGCCAAGUUUGAAAAUUGGAAAUAUUUAAGGAAAAUUAUGGUCCACUUGAGAAAUCAUGCAUCAAAUAUAUGGUCCCCUUGUAAAACGAAAAAUAGAUACUGCAUACUUUCCAACAAGGUACCUUGAUGCCAGAAACAGGAACGUGCGUCUUCCCAGCCCUGAUCCUCCACAAGUCAGAUUAUCUGUGUGGGAUCACUGAGCCAGAAAACAUGUGUUUUGGGGCAAAACUCACAAGAUCGCAACCUCACACAAAAUUACAAUGCUCAAAAAAGCACAUUUCUGGGCUCUCUGAUUUUGCAUCAGAUCGCAAUCUUGCACGUUUUGCCCCAAAAUGUGUGUUUUCAGGCUCCAUGGUCUCACAUGAGGUCAGAACCUCACACAUUGUUGGGUAGCAUGCUGAAAGUACAGCAUCAAAAAAUUGAAUGCCCUGCUUAGAUUGGAACAGUUGAUGGGUAUGGAUACUGUACUUGAAUUGUCUUUGACAACAUGGAUUAAGACUAGUGCUCAUUCUACAAUUUGAGUUAUGGUGGCUUUCAGACAACAAGAGAGAAUGUAACCCAUGAUCUCAGACUCUUGAGAGGAGGCAUCCAGUAUAUGGGCCCUCCCAUAUAAACAGAUGGAAGAGAAUCAAGCCUUGUGGCCACAUUCUGAAUGUCUUCUAAUUUGGUUUCCAAAUGUUUCAACUGAAACUGGGUUUGUGAAUACAGGGUGAUUUUUCAUACCCUUUGAUCUGCUUGGAUGAAAUACGGCCUAAGGCAGACCCAAAUAUUGUGCCUACAUCGCAGGAAUUUGCAGGUUCAGUUGCAAUAAAAUAUUGCCAUAUCUUCCAACAUUCCUCAGAUGAAAAUCGGGACAUUUCUCACUCUCCCCAACUUACCUUCCUCAAUCUCUUGUUUAUUGCUCCCCACCCCCAAGCAUUUCCCAUCAGAAGAAAGGUGAAUGCUACAGUCAUUACACCAGUGGGACACACGUGUCCAGCAAAAACACCUUAAUCCAGAUUUUACAAAAUGAGAAACAUGCACCAUUUAUUAUUAUUUUUAGAAAGGGGCACCCCACUCCCCCUUUCUCCCACCUAGGGCAGCCCUGCCCUCUGCCUGCCUCUCAGAAUGACCAAUACAAUACAAUGAAUGACCAAUACAAAUAAAAUUGGGAAAAGAGGACAUCCUUGUCUUGUACCUUGGGCUAGUGUUAUUUAUUCUGUUAUUUGUUCUCCUCCUCCACUCUCCAGUAGCUGCUAUGAGCUGCCCAAGGGAGGAAGCCAGCAGUGGCCAUGGAGAGGCAACAGGGUGUUCCCUCACAGCCGCUGCCAUUGCUGUUGCUUGGGAGAAGCGCCAGAUCCUCCUCCUCCCCGAUCUUGGUGGCAGUAUCACUGGUGGGAGAAACAAGGACAUUUCAGGAUCAAAUCAGAAGCCAAGAUGGCUUCCAGAAUUCUGGGAGUGACCCUGGAAAAUUGGGACACUUGAAGGGUAUGAGAUAUGCUAUUAAGACAAAUGGGUUACAAGGCCUGGAAGCUUGCCCAGUGCUUGGUCAACCCAGGAUCAGUUUGCCCAGUGCUUGGUCAACCAGUAGAAGCAGUUUGGAAAGGUCCAUUGGGAUUACAUUGUUUGCAAUGGGGAUAGGAUUGAUCUGAAUAUUUUGCAAAAUGCAACGAGCACUUUGUUAGGUAUCAGGCUGAAUGUACUCUGUAUAAUUUAAGACCAAUCCCGCUUCCAGAACUGGGCUUUUGGCAAUAUAGUCAUAAGUGAGGCUGGGCACCAGUGGCUCGAAGACCCUGGAUCCGGUAAUUUAUUUCAUUUUCAUGGUGUUCAUUCUUUGAUUUUUACCUUUAUCUUCACCUUGUAAAAUGUGUUCAUUUGAAAGCUUUCAGGUUGUUUGUAUUUUGAUGCAGACUUUCUGAUGCUAAAUGUUUCAGAGAGUAGUUAUGUUCUUUUGUGUUGCUCAAUGAAUAUGGAUGAGACAAUUUGAUCCAAUAGGUUGUGCUAUCUAUGUUAGACCUUAGCCUAACAGGUUAUCAGGGCUGUUAAUCCCAGGCCCUGCUGGACCUCCAUAUGCAUCACAACCAGCAGUUAAGGUGUAUUUUAUGCACACAGUAGAUGAGCCAUGGUGGAUCAAUAUGGAUUAUGCUAUGCCAGUCUGUGUCUUUCCUGUGGAAGCUGCUUGGAUCUGUGAACACUUUUGCUGCUUCUGAUAAAAAGCUCAUGAAGAGCUUGGCAGUGCAGCUUGAUUAGCGUGGUGGGAAAGCGUACAUGUAACCCAAACAACGUGGGGGCAUAACGCUUCUUGCAAGCCAACUCUGCAAGUUUCACAAAGGUUAUUGCGUGGGGGGACUGCUUAUACAACCAGGUUGCCCUUAGCUCAUUCAUAUGGGUUUUAUGUUGGUCCACCCCUAUGAAUAGAGCAACUGGUGGGAAGGUCCAACCCUCCUGCUCCGCCUGCUCAACAAUUAAAAAGCAACCCAGCUCUUGCGCUCUUCCUUUAACUUUUUUGGAGCGAAGGAGGUGACAUCGCUGUAUUUUUCUUUCUUCUUGCUGAUAUCUGCCUUGCUUUGUGUCUGUUGCCUGUGGUAAGGACAGGGCCUGUUCUACGUUCGGUAAGUGAAUUUUUACUGCUCUAAUAUGCUAGGAACUUCAAAUUAUUUCACAACUAGAUUUGCUGCAGGUGUAGGAGUUGCAUUAUUUACUUUGAAUGCUACUUUUUUACCCAUAUGCCAAUCAUAUACAUUGUUUCCAUUUUCUAUAUGAAUUUUGUAUCAUUCAUAAUUCUAUUUAAUAGCAUUUACAAUUUUCAUUUCAAUUUUUUUAUUUCAUUUAUUUUCAUUUCAUUUCAUUUCUAUUAAGCUUUGUAUAUCAAGUAAUAUGUAAUGUGUUUCAGUUACAUUCAGUUGUCAGUGAGGAUUUUUAAAACUGUGUUACCGGUAGCUUUACCGAGUUUCACUUGGCUACUUCAUAGCAAAAUUGAACUUAUUGGGAUCCAAUAAAAAUUGGAGCAUUGGGCAGGAUUUGGCAUGGUGUUUACCGAGCUUGAUUGUAUCACCAUAUUGGCAGUUUCUUAUCUUGAUAACAAGUCUUGAGUCCCGGUUUUCUCCAUGCACACCCCCCCCCCCCAGCGAAUCUGUCUCCUCUCUAUAGUAGUUCCAGGGGAGUCUUGCCAGUAGACCACAUGCUGUGGUGUGGAUCUUUGAACCAUUCCCAAUCAUGCUAACUGUUGAUGGCUAGAGAAACUCCUAUAUGAGAAAAGGUUGUAUUUAGGGCUUUUUAGUUCAGAAAAAAGGUAAAGGUUCAUAAAAUUGUGUACUGUGUGAGAAAGUAGGAAUUCCCCCCCCCCCCCGAUAUUUUCCAUUGGUGGGAUAUUAAGGACAAAGUACUUAUUCAAUACAAAUCAGAUUUUUGAAAGUAUUAUAUAGCAUUUUUUAUUAAUAGAAAUGAUACAAAAUAUCACAAACAUGAUCCAUUCACACUUGAAUUCAAAUCUGUUAUCAAUAAAAUGGAAGAGUGGAAGAGAAUAUAUUUGCUAUAAUAGCAAUAAUAAUUUAUUAUUUAUACCCCGCCCAUCUGGCUGAGUUACCCCAGCCACUCUGGGCGGCUUCCAAUCAAGUGUUAAAAACAAUACAGCAUUUGCUAUGUGUUGAAAUGGAUAUUAAUAGCACAAACAAGUGGGGUGCAGGGUUCUGUCUUGUUCAACGUCUUUAUGGAGCUACUUGGAUGAAGGAGUUGAAGGGAUGCUCAUCCCAUUUUGAAAUCAUCAGCAAGUUUUAUGAGAAUUCUUUCAUCCAGGUAGUUCAUGGCACCUUCUAGAAAAAUAGCACUGGUACUGCUCUAUUGUGUCUUGGUCUUCUGUGUCUAGUUCUGUGUGCUGCAAUUUAAGGAUACAGACAAGCUGGAAUAUGUGCAGGAGCGGAUGAUCAAGGAUCUGGAAACCAAACCUUUUGGGGAAUGGUUGAAUUGGAAAUGUUUAGCCUGGAUAAGUUGAGACUGAGAGGAUAUACGAUAGCCAUCCUCAAAUGUCUAAAGGGCUUUCACAUGGAAGAUGGCGCAAGCUUUGUUUUCUCCUGCUCCUGUCCAAUGGACUCUUGAUUAAACAUUAGGAAGAACUUUAUGAUGGCAAAAGCUUUCAGAAGUUGGUAUGAGUCUCCUUCAUUAGAGGUUUAUAAGCAGAGUUUGGAUGGCCAUCUAUCACAGUUGCUUUCCUUGAAAUUCCUGCAUAGCAGCGGUUGGACUAGAUGACCCUUGGGGUUCCUCCCAACUUUAUUAUUUGAUCUCAGUGAACGUAAUUAGUGUGUCGAGGAUUAUAGCCUAAAAUACUCUGGGUUCAGGGUGAUUAGCUGUUUCCUAUUUUCAAAUGGGAAACUCUCCAGUAGAGCAACAGCGCCAUCUUAUGCGUCCGAAGCCCAGCUGAAUAUUCAGCGAGGCUUGGGGUGCGAUCCAAAGGCUUGCCGACUUAAAAAUGCAAGCCCACUGGGUUCCACAAGGCUUACUCCAAAGUAGUCCUUGGUUAGGAUGGCAGCCGCGACCCCUUUGCCAACCGCUGGGGGACAAAAGAUUCCUUAAAGGGCUGGCCAGAUACAACCGCGGCGACGUUUAAAAACGAGUUGGGGGAGCAAGAAUCACGACUUGUACAUGAGAAAAAGCGAACGGUAGAGAAACUCAGUUGUGUGUUUUUUGUGGGGAGGGGGACACCUGCCAUGUCUUUUAUUGCCUCUUUGAAAUAACCAUUCGACGCGUUUUGAGGUACCAAACUCAGUUAUCGUUUAUUGUAACGGUGCUGAAAUGACCUGUUAAGUUCCCGUGUUUUUUUUGACUGGGGCGGGUUUCGAGAGCAGAACUCCUGCCGUACCCACCCACCCCCCAACCCAAAAAAUCAGGUCGGUUAUUUUCCAUCAUUUAUUUUUCUGGGGUAUCGUCAAGACCACAUCACCUCUCCUUUCUGGUCAGCGAUGCCGUGAAGCGACGGACCACCGAGCGCUCGCGUAUCUUCGGUGGUCGCGAUCCUCCCCCCUCCCCAGUCACUGCAGUCAAUCCAGGGCGCCUCUCGACUGGCUUUUGUUUUGCUUUGGCUCCCCCCUCCGCGCGCGACAACUAAUGGCAAGGAAAGUACUGGCAUAUAGAAAGCCUCAUUCGCUUUUGCUACGCAUGCUCUGGACAUCGGCGGCGGCGGCAGGGUCUCAAAAGAUGAGAGAGAUGGGGGGGUUAAACAAGAUGAGGGGGGCGCGCAAGUGCGCGUGGUUGAUGCUUGCGCCUGGGUGACGUGUGUUCCAGCAACGGCUGGUCGCGAGACUGCUGGUGGUUGCGUGGGGGGGGGGGGGGGCGAGGGUGAAGAGAGAAAGGGAGGGGGAGUGAGUUUGCGAGUGAGCAGGCCGCGCGCGCUCCCGCCCGCCUGCCGUUUCCUAGCCCUAGCCUGUGAUUGGUGCAGGCCUCGGACCUGGCGGACCCCGAAUGCCAGGCCCCGAAAAGCGACAGCCGAGGCGGCCGGGUCCUCGGGCCUGCACUCCCCACCCGCUCGGGCCCGAGCCCGCCAAGCGAAGGUGAGGAGGAGAGCGGCGGCGGUGUGGGGGGAAGCGGGGAAGGGGAUGUGCGCUCAGCCGCGACAAGGGAAUUGAGCACAAAUUCGAUUUUAUUUUUUAAAAAACGGGGAGGCGGCGGGGGAGGAGGCGCCAGGCCGCAUAGGCCCCGGAGCAGGCCGCGCCCCGAGGCCUACAGGGCCGCUCAUCUAAACAACCGCCUUUUUUUUUAUUUAAAAAACCGAACGAAGCAAAAAUACGAAGCGUAUGAACCGGCUCGCGCCUCACAACCAGGCGGCCGCGAGCGAGCGCUCGGGCUUCUCCCCCUCCGCAUACUGCUCGGCCAGGGCUGUGGCCAGGCCCGAAGGCGGCCAGAAAAUGGCGGAAAAUAAAAUGGCGCCCGUUGCAGCAGAGAAGCGCAGCUCGGCAGAGGCCCUCGUCUCCCUUCACCUUACAGAAGCUCUUUAAAACACGCGCGUCCACACACACACACACACAUGCCCGCCCGCCCGCUAACUGACACCCAGCGGCUGUAGCAAUCAGACAAACCGUCCUCCCUCUUGCGCCUCAGAGUGCCGCGGGACGUAGAAGCACGACAGAAAAGGGGGGGGGGAGAGAAGAAAGCGGCGGCAGUCCGGUGAAGACGAGGCCCGGCGAUGCGGGGAAAGCGUUGCUUUCCCACCUCGCAACUCCUGCUAGGGGAGCUGUCCCUGGUGGAAGCCGCCUCCCGCCUUCCCCGAGAGAGUCUUUUGUCUCCCACAGCCGACGGGCCCCCUCGCUACCGUGCUUCCUCUCGGGCCCCGCGCUAGGCACCGCUGGCUCCCUGCCCUCCCUCGGCCGCGCAACACCGCCCCGGGGAAGGAUGGGUACAACCCCACCCCCUUUUGCCCGACUCGGGCUCCAAAGCGCCGCUUUAUUGUUUGCUCAUCACGGGCGCUGAUUGGAAGCGAGAGGAAGAGGAGGGUUGUGUGUGUGUGUGUUUUUGUGUGUGUUUGUAUAUAGUAUGCGCGUCUCCGCCCCAUGCACGCGCAUUUCCCCAGCUGUCUGUUCCGCGCUGAGGAAUAGCAAGCUAGAAGCCUUAUAGAAAUGAAGCAUAUAAAUUUAGGUAGCAAAGCAACGCGCCUUGGUCUCGAACAUGUGUUUUUGAUUCUCAUAAGCAGUCCGAUCUCCUCUGCAUGUUUACUUUUAAGUUCAGUUGGAACUCACUCGCCCGUGUGCUUUAGUUUUGCAGAGCUUAGCCUGUUCGGGUUUACUGGGAAAUGAUUCAGAAAAAAUCCCAACCCAAUCUUUGACUUCCUUAAGAUGCUGCAGAUUUAUGCUAUAAACUUCAAUGGCCUAGAGCCUACUUCAUCGGAUGCAUAUGAUUAAAAACAUCUGAUCUUGUGCACGGCUGCAACAGACUUUUUUGCUGUGGGAAGUAAGUGCAGCUGACAUUCAGUAGGGCUGUAGACCUAGAUUUCUUACUGCAAGCAAGCAUAGUUUAUUUUUUACUUGGGGAAGUAUAAUUUUGCAUCCACAGUCUUCAUUGGGUAGGUCAAGUCCUUUUCCAUAUGUCCUGGACAUUUCCAUUUAUAUUUAAUUGUACAAAAUGCCUGGUUGUACAAAAUAAUUGUACAACAUUUAGGUGUUUCUUUAUUAGCAUCUGUAAUUCCACACUUUAAAAAGAAAUAAACAACUAUCUGAUGUUUAGAAGACAUCUGAAGGCAGCCCUGUAUUUAACGACUGAUGUUUUAAUGUAUUUUUUAUCUCUUAUUGGAAGAUUGGAAGCUGCCCAGAGAGGCUGGGGAAACCCCGCCAGAUGGGCGGGGUAUAAGUAAUAAAUUAUUAUUAUUAUUAUCAUUAUUAUUAUUAUUAGUGCCUAAUGUCAGCUCUGUUGACUUGGUCCUGCUUAGCUCAUCUGCUGUGCUGGUUGGGAGAGUGGCGGGCGAGACAAUUGCAGCUGCAGCAGCCACUUAAAAAAAACAACUACUACCUGCAAACAUUUGCUGCCUAACAGCUGAGUGACUCAGAGUUACUGCUGUUGACAGGGAUUUGGUCUUGCCCAGGAGGGACUCUAUAUGCAUCGCAAAAAGAUGGAUCCCUCAUGAGUGGAAUGCUUGCAGUGCUAUUUAUUACCCACCCUGCAAUUUCAGUACCCAGAUGUGGCCCUUUAACAGAAAGAUUUGCCUCCCCUUGCUGUGCACAUUUCUUAGGAGCAAGCCCCCAUUGAACCAGGGCUAGCUCCAGGUUUUUCUGAGCCUUGUGAAUAUGACUUUUGGUGGGUCUCCUGUCACUGUCAUACACUCUUCUCACAUAUAAAAAUGAAGCAACACAUUCACUUUCUCACACAGAGGGAACACUUCCUGAUCUGCUAGAUUGGGUACUCCUCCGAGGUGGCACUCCUUUUCAUACAGUACUGAACAAGGCUAUUCAGGUCCUGCUAAGUUAAUUUUACCUGUAAACAUGCAUUGUUGGAAGAUAAGGGGAAAUUAUAUUUUGUGUGCAUGGUCAGAAGGUUAAGGUAUAAAUAAAUAUGUCAUAAGCCCCUGAAAUCACAUAGGUGGUAUCUUCCAUUCCCCCAAGUUACUCCUUGGGAUGUGGGCAACAAAUGGAAGCCUUAAUUAUUCAACUAUAAGGCAGGUUGCUACUUACUGCUCCACAAGGUUAGAGCAUGGUUAGUAAAACGUAAGAGGAAAGCCCUGUUGACUGGACCAUCUCGGGGCCAUCCUUUUUCUCACACUGGCCCACCGUGACUAAAGGAUGAUUAGAAAGGAAGGGUAGGGCAAUCAGGAAGAUUCCAGUUUGUCUCAUUCAGACACUGUGGGAUUCUGGUGAACAUAGGCACAAGUGUUAACAAUGCUGAGGGAUAUACCAUGCGUUGAUUCAUACCUGUGUGAGGUGCUACAUAUUCCUUUUUUAUGUAAUAAUACAUUUUAUUCAAUUUUAAAAGCUUAAACACAUUAACCUCAAAUUCAAGAUAUGUUUCUUUUGCAAAACGAACAAGGUGACUUCCCACCCUUACCUCUGUGCUGUUUUUAUUACCACCCAUAUUCUGUUGUAUUAUAUGUCAAACUAUAUCUAAUACAUGUUUCCUUUGUUACAUUUAUUGUCAUUCUCAAUCCACUGCUCAUAGUUCAAAUCCUGUCCAUAAUUUUGAGUAUAGUUUUUUCUCAAAUACUGCGAAAAGGGUUUCCAUUCUUCAAUAAAAAGUUGGUCACUUUGGUCUCUCACUCUCAACUUCACCAGUUCUGCAUAGUCCUUUAGGUUUGCAACCCAUUCCUCUUUGGUUGGGACUUUUUCUUCCUUCCAAUUGUGCACGUAUAGGAUUCUGGCAGCUGUCAUUGUGCAGGUAUGUUUAUGGACAGAGAACCUGAAAUGGUCUUUGUUAUGUGGUGGUAAAAUUAUUGCUGCAGCCUUGUCCCAGUGGCUUUACACACCUGUUGCAUGACUCUUUACUAUUUCACACUCUAUAAAUGUGCAAAAACUGCAACAAAAAUCGUUAUCUGUCAAAGCACAAAAUAAAUGCAUUCAUUAUUUUAUCUCCCCUGCCCUACCAGGAGAGGCUGAGGAGUCAUGCUGAUAUUUGCUCUUGGUCUAGUAAGAAGAAGAUGCACACAUGCACUUGCUAAAUAUGUGUGCACUGAAUUCUGUAUGAAACACAUUCUAAGAUAGUUAUGUUACUACAAGUAGUAAUUUCUAUUCACUUUCUUUUCUCAGUUUGUGAGCAUAGAAGAUUAUGGAUCCAGGUGGUGGAAGUCUUGGGUUGCAGACACAGGAGUCCAAAAUGCCUCACACUAUGAUUAUGCAGGAUUUUGGUAAAACAACAACAAACUUUUAUUUUUAACUUGACUGUUUACUAAUCACCUGCUGUAUAUUAUGAAUGAAUAACGAAUGGCAUGGGUGCAAAACAUGGCAUAGAUAGUAGGAGAGGAGCCUGAGAGUCGCUGUACCACAGUGGGUGGCUGACACUUUUGGCUACCUCUUCUGCGUAGCAGUAUUGCUGGCUUGCUGCCUUAGUAGACCAGAGGCAUGGGGAAUGUGUAUGGACUGCAGUAUACACAAUUGUUUAUAAAAUUCUUGUAUUUAAUUUUUGAAAUAAUGGAAUCCGCAAUAUUAGAUGGCAGUGGAGAGUUAAAAUUAUUUUUUAAUUAGUUGUAUUCCAUAAACUAGGAAACCAAUUCUAUAACUAGAUCUGCCAAGAUGAGUGGGUUAGGAUCCAUCAAAUCUUCAGCUCAUCCAGGAGAUUCCAGCACAGCUAGGUUAUGCUGGUUUAACUCUCUCAUUCAUUGCACACCAGUUUAUCUCCCCCAUCGCAGCUCAGCUGUAACUCAACUGACUCAUUUGAGCCCAGUGGAUCUUAAGCUGGCAUAAGUCUUGUAAAAAUAACAUGGUGUGUGCAGAAUUAGAGAGACUUAGGCUGGAUCGUAACCUGUUCAGCUCAGUCAUGUAAUCUGGUAUAAGUCAAGCUAGCAAAAAAGGUACUAUAUCUCAAAAAAAAAAUUAAAAAAAAUUGUAAGGCUUGUUUUCUCUCUGCCAGACUUAGGGCAGUAACUGUGCUCCUGAAUAGCAUUUGAAUCUGGUGUAACUUUCUGGUGUAAGCCAGUUAACUUAUAUUGGCUUGCUUUACACCAGCUUCUUGUGUAUAGAAUUGCUCUAUAACAACCUAAGCAUGUAUACUCAGAAGUAAGUUCUUUGAAUGUACUGAUUUUUAAUCUCUAGUAGGUGUGUUGUACUAUAGCACAAAUACUUGCCAAAGUUGAUCAUUAUAUGCAUAAUGAUAUAAUUGAACAACUUAAUUGAAUUCCUUAAGCAUUGGGUGAUAUCUAGGAUAGCACAAGAGGGUGCCUGCUCCUGUAGUGGGAUUUCUCUUUUGUCUCCUCACCCUGCGGUCUUCAUGUGCACCUAAAAUAUGAUCCAGAGGGUUGGAUGACUCUUUGGAGCAGAUCUUGGGGGCUGGAGAAUAGAAACCAAAAACUUCAUUGUGGUAGUGGAGUUUUGUUGCACAAGCAAGAGGACAUUAUUGAAUGUCACCAUUUUUUCUGAAUAUGGUUAUCAAAUAUUUCCAGCAAAACCUCCCCUUCCCUUCAGAAGACCAGACUUCACAUGAGCUAUCCUACCUAUGGGAUAGCUUCACAUGAGCUAUCCUACCUAUGUCACCUAUCCUACCUAUGGGGAGGAUAGCUCAAUUACAGAACACUCUCCUAAUAUGCCCUCCUUAAACUAAAAUUAAAUGUAAUGAAAGGUAGGAGAGUAGUUUGUCUGACUGCAUUCAUUCUAUGUAUUUCUUAGAUGCAUAGUAUUGUUCUACAGCAAUAUAACUAUUAAUACUUUAUCUCAUUUACAUUUGUUUCAUAGUGGCUGGAAUGGCUGGUACUGCUCACAUUGA